AUGUCAGGGGCAAAACCCUGUGAGACAUCCAUGCAACUGGACUUCAUAAGGAGCAUGUACAAUGAAGCUGAACCCUUCAUUGACAACAAGCUGUACAGGUCAACAAAAGGCUCGCUACUCUACAUUGCCAACUGGACGAGGCCUGACAUUGCUCUGGCUGUCAAUCUACUGUCCAGACACGUGAGCAAGCCCACUUUCUUGCAUUGGGAUGCCAUAAAAAGACUGCUCAGGUACCUGAAACACAGUGCCAAUGCCCAGCUGUGCCUUGAACCAGACCUGUCUGAGAAACCCAAGUUAACCUGCUAUACAGUCGCUGACUGGGCCAGGGAUGCCAAAAGCAGAAAAAGCACUUCCGGGUAUGUACAAUUCUUAAACAAUUGCCCUAUACAUUGGUAUACAGGAAAAGAGAAGCUGGUGGCCACUUCUACCACCGAAGCCGAAUUCGUCUGUUUAUCAAAAGCCGCAAAUAACCUAGUGUGA